GGCAGCUCCCGUCGCUGUAGACCAGAGGAAGGCGGUCCCACCAUCACAGGCCGGUCUCCUGCAUCCUCACCUGCCUUCAGGAUCAUCCCCGGGACACAUGGGGAAUCGGCCGUCUAAUCAGAAGCGGGCAAACCUUCCUGAAGCAGAACAGCAGUGACUUCCCCUCCUCACCUCCGCCGCGCCCUCUUCCUCCCCUCCGUCCUGGUUUCCCGUGUCUCAGGUGCGAGUCCGGACUGUGAGGCGCGAUGGGCGACUGGAGCCUCCUGGGGAACUUCUUAGAGGAGGUCCAGGAACACUCCACCUCCGUGGGGAAGGUGUGGCUGACCAUCCUCUUCAUCUUCCGCAUCCUGGUGCUGGGCACGGCGGCCGAGUCGUCCUGGGGGGACGAGCAGAGCGACUUCCUGUGCGACACCCAGCAGCCCGGCUGCACCAACGUGUGCUACGACAGCGCCUUCCCCAUCGCCCACAUCCGCUACUGGGUGCUGCAGAUCGUCUUCGUCUCCACGCCGUCCCUCAUCUACAUGGGCCACGCCAUGCACAUCGUGCGCCGGGAGGAGAAGCGGCGGCGGACGGAGCAGGAGGAGAGGGAGGCCAGGGGGGAGGACGGCGGAGACCUGGAGGGGGAGAAGGAGUACCUCCAGCAGAAGGAGAGCGGCAAGCAGGCCUCGUCGGACGGGAUCGGCCGCGUCCGGCUGAAGGGGGCGCUGCUGCAGACCUACAUCCUGAGCAUCCUGAUCCGGACGGUGAUGGAGGUGACCUUCAUCGUGGUGCAGUACAUGAUCUACGGGGUGUUCCUGAAGGCGCUGUACCUGUGCAAGGCGUGGCCCUGCCCCAACCCCGUCAACUGCUACAUGUCCCGGCCCACCGAGAAGAACGUCUUCAUCGUCUUCAUGCUGGUGGUGGCCGGCGUGUCGCUGCUGCUGUCCGUGCUGGAGCUCUACCACCUGGGCUGGAAGAGCAUGAGGCGGUGCGUCCGCGACCGGGCGCUGCAGAGGGCGCAGGCCAGAGCGGUGACGGUGGCGGCGACGGCGGCCCUGGAGCCCAGCAGCCCGCCGCAGACCUCGGCCUCCUGCACCCCGCCCCCCGACUUCAACCAGUGCCUGACGGCGCCGGGCCCCAUCAGCCCCAUGACCUCCAUGGCCUCGCACCCCUUCAACAACCGGAUGGCGCUGCAGCAGAAUUCGGCCAACCUGGCCACCGAGCGCCACCACAGCCGCGACAACCUGGAGGACGAGGAGGAGUUCCUGAGGCUGCGGUACGAGAACGCGCCGGUGGAGCUGCCCAACAGCUGCCCCAACAACUGCUCGCCGCUGCCGCUGCUGCACGCCGGGUACAUGAGGGACAAGCGGCGCCUGAGCAAGACCAGCGGGAGCAGCAGCCGGGCGCGCCAAGACGACCUGGCGGUGUAGGAAAGGCGCCGGACCUCCACAACCAAAGAGAAGAGACACAAAGAUCAGUUUACCAAGAUGCAAAGAAGAGAUUUUGUUUUUUGUUGUUGUUUUUUUGUAUGAGAGGACAGAGUUUGACCACAGACUAUGCACAUUUUGGCACUAGAGAAAAUGAACUUGGAGUUGACUUUACCAAGUAAUAAUGAUUUCUGUGAAUAGAGGGUGUGAACUUGACGUAUGAGCUUUGUUAUGAGACAAUCUCGCUCAAAGAUAGAUUUACUGCCAAUGUUUUAAAUAGAACUGCAAAAACAGACUGCAAAAGAAGAACAGUGAGAACAGGGUAACAGGCGUGAAGCCUGACUAUUGCACAUUUUAUGUUUUACUGAAAGCCAAAACUGAAGGAACGAGACGAGACGGACUUUUGAAAGCUUUGGGGAAUCAUUUCACUACAUAACAGAAUAUCACAUGUCAACCAUCCAGAGACAAUUAACCCGUAACUUUAGACAGAUCAGCAGUGUUUCCCUGUUUAAUACAAUUAGACUUGGAAUAAGAUAAAUAUCUAAUAUACAAACUGUGAAGACUACGGUGCACAUGCAGUCGAAAUGAUUUAAGUGCCUUUUCAAUGAUGGAACUGAAUAAGCUUUAGUCUCUUUCAGAAGCCAUGGUCCAGACUGCAGGUUGUCCUGCUCUCCUGGUUGCACUACGACAGAUCAACAAAUGCAAAAUGUAAAAGAAGAAUAAUGACUUUACAAUGUUAAAAGCACUAACAUCAAAUCAGUCUUUUAUCUGUCAGGAACUCUUUUGUGUGUGUUAGUGAAGAGAGAAUGUAAGCUGUUCAGAGUUUUCUUCUUGAAAGCUGAAAGAAGAAGAAGAAGGUAAAGAAAGGCUGUCUUGCAUGCACAGACUUUAAUGAGCAGAUUUGGCCACUAGGUGGCAACAAUGCACUUGCAUUUUCUAUGUAGUCUCCCAGGAGCCAUUGUGUAAAUACUGGAGUUGUUUCCAUGCUUUUUAUAUUUCAGUUAAUGUCUAUGAAUGUAUAUUAUUUUCAUUUUCAGUGUCUUGUUCUAAUUGUCCAGCUUUAAAUCACCAUCCUCGCCACACAUGAAGUUUGGAUCAUGAAUAUUUCUUUUGCAUAGCAGAUAUUUAGCAUUAAGAAAACAAAGAAAACAUGCACAGCUAAUUGUAUAUAAACUGCAGUUUUCGGUUUGUUUACACUCCAUAC